CGGCAAGGCCGCGCGGGGGGUGGGCUUGAGAUGAGCGUACUACUCCCCAAUAUGGCGGACUUCGACACUAUCUAUGAGCUGGAGGAGGAGGAGGAGGAGUCCGAGCCUGUGGUGCGGAGCCAGGAGCUGCCCCGGCCCCGCGAUGCGCCGGAUCCUGUAGCGGUACGGGGCGCCGGGCACAUCACCGUGUUUGGCUUGAGCAACAAGUUUGAUACAGAAUUUCCUUCUGUUCUGACAGGGAAGGUUGCCCCAGAAGAAUUCAAGACCAGCAUCAGUCGAGUGAAUGCCUGUUUAAGAAAGAAUCUCCCUGUCAAUGUAAAAUGGCUGCUCUGUGGCUGUCUGUGCUGCUGCUGCACACUGGGCUGUAGCCUGUGGCCUGUAGUCUGUCUUAACAAAAGAACUAGAAGAUCAAUUCAGAAGUUAUUAGAAUGGGAAAAUAACAGACUAUAUCAUAAGCUUGGUUUGCACUGGAAGCUGAGUAAAAGGAAAUGCGAAACUAGCAAUAUGAUGGAAUAUCUCUGAAUUUCAUAAAGUUUUAACCAAGACAGUCCACUUAGGAAAGCAGAAUUCAAGAUAUUUCUGUGGUCCUGCUCCCCCAUCCACUUUCAUGUGCAGGCUGGAAGAAAAGAGAUUGUCACCCCCAAAAAAUCAAGCGUCCAGAAGCCCUGUAUUUCAAAAUGACUAAAAUCUCUGGGAAGCAUUCUCUCCUAACAGAAUAUCUCAGAUAUGUUUAGUCAUAUGUACUAGCUAAUGUUGCAUGGAAAUUGUGCUGAAGGUUUGAACUUUUUGGUUACUGUGUUCUGUUCUUGUCUUCUUCCCUUCUUCAACAGGUAAUAUUAAUAGAGUUCUUACCAAAAUAUCCCAUAUUUCGACCUGACUGAGGAACAGCAUUUGAUCUUUCAUGUUACCUGUCAUUUUCUACCCUUAGUGCCUUGUAGAUGAUUUUGGAAAGAAGAUGGUCUACUUUGCUGUGACUUAAUGGUCUUCAGUAGAAUAUCUUCCUUGCUACGUUACUUUCUUUUGUUAAGAGAAGAACAAUUUGCACAUUUUUUUUAUGUUAAACGAGGCUUCUAUGUUGCACUCUGAAUUUUUAACAUUAACUGAUAUAGUUGCCACUAGGGAUCUAACAUCAGUGCUGCUUAAACUUGUUCUGAGCAUGCUGCCUUAUUAAUUUCUAUAUUUGCUGUCCUUAAACAUGCAUCCUAAUGCCGUGUCAUAAUAUACUUCAUUCUAAACGUCGCAAUCCUAUAAACCCUCAGUAGAAAUGUCCAGGUAAGCGUCUAGUAGUAAUGAUUUUAGUAUAACUUGCUUGCAUAGGACUUGCAAUCAACAGCACUGGUUUUGUCCUGCACUUUGCAAAAUCAUCAUUUACAUUAGGGGGUUAAUUAUUUUACCCACUAUGGAUUUGUAAAUAUUGACUCUUUGCAUAAUGUAAAGUGUGGUAUGCCAAGGUUUACAGAAUGUAUUAUAGCUCUUAUUCUAUUGCCAACAGUUCGACAUUGGUUUAUUCAUUACAUUUGCUAGUAUCCCUCUGAUUGUAUAGACCCAUUCACAUGCUGUUUUUAUGGUAAAGCCAUAACGAGUUUGUACAUACUAUCAGAUGUGUAGGGCUCAGUUGCACUUUGUUUAGUAAAUGGAUGAAAAAUGCAUAGCAUUUGUCUUUUUUUUUUUUUUUAAAGUAUUUCAGGUGUUGUUUGUAGCAUCUGAAAUAGGAAGCUUAAACACUGUUCACCUUUGAAGAAGUUGCGUUUGUGAGGUAGAUGGCGGCCGCUAUUAGCAAAACAUCCUAAAGCCUCUUUUUAAGUUAGGACUAUAUGGAUGUUAAGUUUUGUUUUGUUUUUAAGUAAGGAAAAAAAUGUUUCAUAAUUGGACACCUUCAUUACCAGGGAGAAAAAUUUGGAACAGCCAAAUCAAAGCUGAAGUAACACUUUUGUUAUUUUUGUAGUGUGAUGGUACUUCAACGUUUUAACAGUUAAGUGACACGGCAUCCUUUCCAGUGGAAAUAAUUUUGUCUAUACAAGAGUAGUGUUUCAAAAUAUGCUGACAGGAGGAAGUGGACCAGUUGAAAUAUGUAUGUGUUGGUGUUCAGGCACAGUCUGAAGAGCCACAAAUGCCUUGUGGAAUUCACAAGUAUUUUUGGAUUCUUCUCUGUUUGCCUGAUCUCAGGAAAAGAAGUAAUUGUAGAAGAACUUCCUGUAAUGGCUAGCCUAAGCAAGACCAUUUGAUAACAGUAAGCAAAUGAAAAUGGAUUCAAGUUCCCUCCCUUUCCUAACUAGAAAUGAUUAAUCGGAGAAAAAACAGCAGAUGACUGAAUCUCUGCAAGUUGUGAUGAUAUUCAUCCCAAGUGUCCAAGCAUUUCUUUGCUGCAGCUUGACUCCUUGCAACAUCAUCCCAAGUUGCCUUUUAGUUUCAGGGUGACUUGGGUUUUCCUCUGAAUGUAUUUGCAUCUUUUCAGUAUGCAAUAUUGUAUUAAAAUACAGUAUUUGUAAGACCAUUGCAUUCUAAUAACUGUAGUAGGCCAGAUUUCUUGUACCCAGUGUUUACAGAAGGCCAGUUUUAUGCAAGUUGUUACUUCAAAUCUAAUUUCAUGCUAUUCUUACUGUACAGCUGAGGAGUGUCAGACUCCGGUGCUUGCAGUAGUUUCCAAUCACAGAUUGAUGCUUCAGAUUCUGAAAUCUGUAUACUUAUCGCAGAGGUUUCAUUUGACUGGUAGACCGGUGACAACUAACUGUGUAAUUGCAUUUGUAACAUAAUGAAUAAAAAACUACUGUGUUGUUUGAAUUUAAUGUUAGCUAUACCUUGCAACUCAGAUUUCUAUCACAGAACCAAGCAAAGUGUUCUCUCCAAUUUAUUUUUUUAGGAUGAGUGUUAACUGGAAGCAGAGAAAAUACUUAAUGGCAGAAAAAUGCAGUGCAAACCAAAACUGAAAUAGCACACCCAAUUCUAUGUAUUUCAUUUACAAAUAAGUUUCUGGGGUAAAUCAAGGGAGCUUAGCUUAAUUAACAGAACAAUGGAAGCUUCUUACUGUUAUGCCCGAACUUUGUGAGUCAUUUUCUUCUUUUUUUUUUUGUAUAAGAAACUCAAGAAAUCUCAGCAGGUUCUUAUUUUCUUCUUUAUGUGACUAUAUUUUCAAAAUGUUCUUUUUCCAACUGAGAGAACAGGCAAGCCAAAUGUUCUAGUGAUUGCCAGCAGUGAAUGCUGAGCAGUCUUCAGUCUUGCUGCUAAAAGAAAUCCUCUUCAGUCCGUGCUGACUUCAUCGUAUUCAGUUCAAAAUUUCUCAACCUGAUUAGUGUUGUUUCUGUGAAGUGCUGUGCCAAGCUGAGAGCAGUAGCCACCAGUCCCUCCAGGCUGCUCUUGUGCCGUGGUACCACCAGAGAUCCAAGGCAGGGCAGGAGCUCUGCUUUGCUUUCCCACCGUCGUCCCUUCAUCCCCUUCCCGUGGGCCUGGUCAUGUCCAGUGCCACAGGCUGCUCUGCCCACAGCAGACUGACUGCCCCUGGGUCUCUCCUGGGCACCGCAAGACACUUUUAAGCACAGAAUGUUAGUUUUUAAAGUUUACGUUUUAAGUAUGUACAUUCUAGAUGUUUUACUUGGUCCUUAAUUGUUAAUUGUAUAGUCUUCAAACCAUGAAAGGGUCUCUUCUUUUUGUGUUCAAAUAGCCAUUUAAAUAUGUGGCCAUAAAGCAACUACUAAAGAGUAUGAGAGCCAAAACUGCCAUUUACAGUAAGCUCCAUGUUUUAGUAAGUAGAUAAAUUUGCAUUAAAAUGCAAAACCAGCAUGCAGUAUUAUAUUUGCAUCUGAAAGACACAGGUUCCAUAGCUCGUUUAAAGAUGAAGGCAGCUGUAAGUACUGCUGUGAACUCUGUGCACUUCUGCCUACAGGUUCUUUUUUGCCUGGGCUAUCCUUUGCUUUAAUAUAAAAACAUUCAGACUGAAAAAUCUCAUUUUUGACAAUAAGAAGCAUGAAUUGGUAAACGUAUUUAUAGAGGGUACUUGUUAAUUGGAGAAAGAAUAUGUAGCAACGUAACAGAUUAAUGUUAGCAAAGUGUAGUGGAAGUGGUAAAGAAAGUGCCUUGACUGGUUCCAACAAAAGAGAAAACAUUGUGCCGAGACUAAGGAGAAAAGGGAACUAGUAACUAUCAGUAGUGUGAGUAUGCAGCAGAUUUUUAAAAGCAGUUACUGUCUACCAAAUCAGUGUUUAAUUUUUCAUGUAAACAUGUUGACACUAACUUUCCUUUCUAGUUUUUAUCUAGGAAAUAUUUGGGUUUGUGUCUAGUAAGUUUUUGUAUCUAAGGAGUACUGAAGUAUUACAGAAUACUGGCAGAGCAUCAAAGCUCUUACCUACUGAUUCCCCUGCAUCUAUGAAGUUUUUUUACCAUAGGAGGAAAAAAAAAAAAGUGUUCCAAGACAUGCAGAGACAAGUCUAUGAAGUGUGGAUUCAGUUGUAGGUGGGUGACUUUAAAACAGAAAACGGUUUUGCUAAAUCUAGUGUGGUCUUGAUAAAUUAAAAACCAAGUUCCUGUGCUUUCCUUGAUAGGUACAAAACUCCAUAUGCAAAAACAUAAAUAUAUGUUUAUUACUGUCCCACUGUGACAGUUUACUACAUUUACUUGUCAACACACUACCAUUGGAGCAAUAAAAAUGUCAAGCUAUUAAUAUUCAAUGUAAAAUUAUUUAUCUUUUUGGUAAGUAAUGUUAUGUGAUUCUUCUGCCAUUUUUUUUUCUGCUUUUGGUGUUACAGUGUUAUAACAUUACUUGUACUGCUUAAGAAAAGUGGUUUUGUUUAAGCUGAAUGAAAUUUUGUGUUAACAUUUUUAUUCUGUUUACAAGUGAACAGCCACUUUUUUAAUAGGACCUCACAUCUUGAGAGUUUUGGGUAUUUUGUUUUCUUUUUUUUAAUUAAAAUAAAAUUCUAACUGAGCUCGCUUUCUACAAUUUACUGCACUGGCUUGUGCCAUUAAAAGAAGCUGGAAGUCAGACAUGCUUAAUCACUUUGACACAUUUUUCUUUAAUUAAAUUUUAAAGAUUAAAACCUUU